CACUCGUGUCUCAUUCUCCGAUAGAGACCCAACUGUUACAUAAGGAGCAGGAAAGAAGAAGCUUAAGGAAGGGCAGAGAAGGAUCAAGAUCAUCAGAAACAAUGGUGAAGGAUAGGAGGAUUGGUGUGGCCAUGGACUUCUCAAAGAGCAGCAAAAACGCUCUUCAAUGGGCUAUUGACAACUUGGUCGACAAAGGUGACACCGUCAUCAUCAUCCACAUCAACAGCAACAAACUCGACGAGUCUCGCCACAUCCUCUGGGGCAAAUCUGGUGCUCCUCUGAUUCCGUUGUCCGAGUUUAGAGAGCCUGAGAUUAUGAAAAAGUAUGCUAUACCAACUGAUAUGGAGGUGCUCGACACGCUCGACACUGCUUCUAGGCAGAAAGAGGUGAGCGUUGUUACAAAGCUAUACUGGGGAGACGCAAGGGAGAAGCUUCUUGAAGCAGUUGAGGAUCUGAAAUUACACUCUUUGGUAAUGGGAAGCAGAGGACUUGGUACUAUUAAGAGGAUUGUGCUUGGAAGUGUGAGCAACUACGUGAUGACAAAUGCUCCAAUUCCUGUGACCAUCGUCAAGGAUCUUACCAAUUGAUGAUUGUAAUCUUGGAUCUUGGGCUCUCAUGAUCGAGCUACCUAUCAUCAACAAACAUCUCUAUGUUUUACUUGAUCUUGGUUUCAUAUUGCUCAAUCCCCAGAUAUUGUAGUCUCUGUUUUGAAGAAUAAUUCAUGUACCUGGCUCCCAUUUA